UCACCAAAACCAUGCCAACAACACCCCAUGCUGUUUAAAUCUUUGGGUCGUUUGUUGUUUUGAAAUCAAGAUCAGGUGCACCUCUUUUUCCCUCAUGGCCCAUGCAAAUCAAAGGGAGAGAUCGACGACAGCUAUGCAUUCGUCAAAGAGAAUGGAGAGAAUUAAUAGGCCACAAAAGAAGGUGGAGCUUGAAAAAGAGGUGGCCAAGCUGAAUAAGAUGCUGGAUUAUGAGGAAAGGGUGCAUGAAAUAUUGGAACAUGCAUCUCAUGGGCAUGUUAGCUCCAUCCCAAGCUUUCUUCCCCCCAAGAUGAAAGAGCUCCUAGCAGAGCUAGCAAUGGUAGAGGAGGAGAUUACCCGGCUCGAACGUGAAAUCAGCAACCUUCAACAAAUUCUAACUCAUGAUCAAAAGUUCUUGAAUGGAUCAAAAUCCAAACAAUGGCCACAUGAAAGCCUGAGCUUCCUUGAACCGCUGGAUCGGUCCAUGACGCCACAUCCAAGGGCCACAAUCAAACCCAAAUGGACACAUGAAAGGCUGCCAUCAGAAGCUCGUGCUUUGUUCUUCAUAAACCAAGCUAUUAAAGGUGACUACAUAUCUAGCCGUUUUGCAAGGGACAAUGAAAAGAUUGAAAAUUCAAUAGGAGCCGUUGAUCAUAAAGAAGGCCAAAGGGAUGUUAGAUCUAGAGAGAAGCUUUCAAGGAAGAGUGGAAUAAUAGAGAAGCCAUCCAUGCAGAAGAUCCCCCCCAGGCAUUCAACGGGCAAGCCAAUUGAACUUGAUCCAGAGAUCCCCUUCAACUUGCUUCGAAAAUCUUUCUCCGAUUCAAGCCCAUUCGAAGAGAAUAUUCAAAAGUUGCAGCCAAACAAGUUAUCUGAGAGUAUUGUGAAGUGUUUGGUUUGCAUUUUCAUGCGACUAAUCAGAACAUCGAGAGCAAUGGAACUAGAGAAAUCUGGCCCAAUAACUCGAUCCACUCACCCGUCUCCAAGUUCGCGAAGCUUUCGAUCUGAGAAUGCCUUAAACUUGAAGGCAAGCAGCACAGUCUCACGUGAAAUGGGCCAGCAAGACCCAUAUGGAAUUUUCGCCUUUGAAGAUUCCCUCCCAAGGGACAUUGGCCCUUACAAAAAUUUUGCUAGAUUCACAUCAAGUUCAUUGGACGUGAAGAACAUUUCUAGCUCUAUUCCUUUGCUAAGAAAGUUAAGGGUCUUAAUGAGCAAUCUCUACAAUGUAGAUUUGAGAUUUUUGACUUACCAUCAGAAGUUGGCUUUUUGGAUCAAUAUGUACAAUGCUUGUAUCAUGCAUGGAUUUCUCCAAUAUGGGCUUCCCUCAAAUUCAGAAAAAGUGCUUGCACUGAUGAAUAAGGCGGUGCUCAACAUUGGAGGAAACCAACUGAAUGCUCUUGCAAUAGAGCAUUUUAUUUUAAGGCAACCAACUACAGUAAAAGAAGUUCACUGGUAUGGUGAAAAGAAUGACAAAGACGAUAUUGUCCAUAGCAUCUAUGGACUCGAGUAUCCAGAACCCAACGUCAUGUUUGCUCUUUCUUGUGGGAGUAGAUCUUCUCCAGCUGUUAGGAUAUACACAGCAGAUGGUAUUUCAGCGGAAUUGGAGAAAUCAAAACUAGAAUACUUGCAAGCCUCAAUCGUGGUAACUACCACAAAAAGGCUCAUGGUUCCAAAGCUUUUGUUAUGGAACAUGGCCAAUUUUGCAAAAGAUAUGGAUUCAUUAUUAGAGUGGACUUGCAACCAAUUGCCUGCUUCUGGAUCUUUGAAGAAAUCAAUGGUGGAGUGCUUGAGACGACAAAAUAGUGGAAAGAUAUCAGAUGUCAAUGAAAUAACACCAUAUGAUUUUGAAUUUCAGUAUUUAUUAGCUGUGUGAACAUCAGUAUUCUAAGGUGAUCAAUGAAUGUAAAGAUUGUUAAGGGAA